CUGACUCAUCGCUCUGAAAUCACCCCCCCAAGACACACACCACGUUAUCACGUAUAUCAGAUAUAGCACCAACUUGUACUAAUCUAAUAAAAUAUAAUACUGCCCUUACAUGCAUGUGAUAUGAGCCUGCAAUCCCAUAAUCCUUAGUGUCACUCUCUAUUGUUCAUCUUGGGCCUGUCUGCUUCACUCCCACCUUCCUACUCUUCAGUAUUGACUGAAAUAUGGGUCUCCAGUUAGGGCCCAGUUUUGUAGUUACAUGCAGCAUCCAGGCAACUGCUCCCAUUAAGGCUGCACUGGGCAAUUUCUCCUCUGCUCUGUCAGAUGCUCUCAGAGUAAAGUCACUCCCACGGUCGCGCCGCCCCCGCUGGCUAUGUCACACGUCCCGGAAGGCACAUUGUCUCUAUACCAUUUCCUGUAAUUAUACAGCACCAGUCAAAAGUCUGGACACAUCAACUGAAAAUCAUUUGUUUUUCAGCAAGAUAACAGCCCAAAGCAUACCUCGAGGUUUUAUAGCGAGUAUUAUCCUGUGAAGAAGGAAAGAGAGGGAGUGCCAUGACAGAUGACCUGGCCCCCACAACCCCCCCCCCCAACCUAAACCCUAUAGAGCUGCUUUGGGAUGAGUUGGAUUGAAGCAUAAAGACACAGUAGCCAACUUGUGGCCAUAACUUGUGUAACCUUCUUCAGGACUGUUGGAGAGGCAUUCCAGGUGGCUACAUCAGGAAGCUGCUGAAAGAAUGCCAAGAGUCUGCAAUGCUGUCAUCUAAGCCAAAGGGGGCUAUUUUGAAGAGUCUGAAAUUUGAGAACAUUUUGAGAUGUUGAAAACUUCUCCUCAUUGUUGCAAUAUUUGAUGCGUAUUACUUCAUUGCUUCAAGGCCUUUUACUAUAAGAUGAAUAACUUACCUAAAAUAGGGACAAAUGCAUUAAAAGCAGGUGUGUCCAGACGUUUGACUGGUAGUGUCUACACGCCCCCAUCCUUCUCCUCUGUCACUCCACCUUUUUGUACAUGUAAUUAAGCUGCAAAUGGUCAAAUAUACCCUGUUAAUAAACUGCAUGAUCAGUGAAACCCUUAUGUGUAGCUGACCCGCUCGUGCUCUGGUCGUGUAUAUGUCAGUGCAGCUUAUGCAGAUUGGCCCCUCACUGAAUUUGAGCUGCAGAAACAUGCAGUUUCCUGUGUCACACAGGCACAGUGCGCUUCAGCUGGCCUGGCUGUCACCAAAAGCCACAUCAAGGAUGAUUGUGUAACAUUGCAGGCCGGUUGUUAUGGUUUCUUUAUGGCGCUUUAUGCUACGUUCUUACAGUAGCUGGCUUUGGAGAGAAGCGUUUGCUAGUUAGAUAUUAGCUAGUCCAUGUAUUAGCUGAGGAAUACGGUUGGAGUGUGACACAGAGGGACGGAUUGUGAGAGCGAGGGAAGCAGAGUGACACUGAUCUAUUUCCGCUCCAGGUAGUGGUUGGGCAUGGUGGAGACGUGUGUCUUUUAGUGAGAAUUGGGGCAUAGAGACAAAGGAGAGGGACUGACCUAAAUGCUGACCCUGCAGGUACAGGGGUCUGAUUUCGGUCUGCAUCAUCUCCCUGGUUCCUCAUGGGAGGAUCGACAGCCCGAGGCGUAAUUUAUCGUCACGGUGGAUGGAGCUUUGGGGCUGACGUUCACCUCCAGCCCAGGACAGCUGGGAGAUCGUGGAGGGUCUCCGUGGCGCCCUGGAGAUCGUCCAGGAGCCACCGAAGCAGGAGGGUCUGCUGCUGAAGAAGAGGAAGUGGCCCAUGAAAGGCUGGCACAAGCGAUACUUCGUGCUGGAGAAGGGCAUCCUGAAAUAUGCUAAGUGUGGAACUGACAUCCGGAAGGGGAAGCUGCACGGCCGUAUCGAUGUGGGGCUGUCAGUCAUGUCCAUUAAGAAGAAGGGCCUGUGCAUCGACCUGGACGCCGAAGAAAACAUCUAUCACCUGAAGGUCCCAACCGAUGAGCUGUUUGAGGAGUGGGUGUUUAAGCUAAGAACUCACCGUGUCUUCCGUCAGAAUGAGAUUGCGAUGUAUCCCAAUGAGAUGUCGCAGUUCUGCUUGCACUAUCCCACCAUGAUAUCUCCUGGACUGACACAGACUGCUUCCCUGAGAAAGCGCACAACACUGACAAACCAAUCGCCAGGACACCCCGAGGGCAAGUUCACAUCUUGGCUACAGUCUUCUGAAGAAAUGAAGAAGGUCAACGACGGCCUUUCGGCUUGUGAGUCCUACCUUCAGGAGAUGGACCACCUGUUGAGAAACAUGGACAUUCUUCACCGGACAUGUUCCACACCAUCCAUGACCACGUUCCCUCCAUCCUCCUUUGACAUCGCUGGCAAAAAGGAGAAGAGAACUCACAGAAGAUGGCGCUCAAAGAAUUGUGGGAAAGACGGCAAAAUGACUCUCCAGGUGCCCGCGACGAGGCACAUGUUCACUGCACAGGCAGAGGUACCCAGCUGCAUAUCCUCCGGCUCCAUUCGCCUCCACUCCUCCAACCCGAACCUCUCUACCAUCGAGCUGAGCAGCCAUGAGGUCUACCCCGAGACCCCCGACUCGCCCACGGAGGCGUCCAAAAUCCUGGAGGACUUCUAUCGGGUGGCGAGAGACCUGAACGGCGCCAUGCGGUCCGCCUUUGGAGCCCUGUCCUCGGAACGCGAGCGAAUGAAGGACUUCAUGCAGCAUGAGGCCUGCCAGCUGCCUUCCCAUCAGGCCCUGGGGCUGAAGAACACCCUCAAAUCGGACUCCAUUGACGGGCGCCACCCCCUGGUCCAUCAGGCAUCCAAUGAGAGCAGGACAUCCAUCCCUGAGUCCCUCUCUGAGUUCUUUGAUGCUCAGGAGGUCUUGCUGUCUGUCAGCUCCUCUGAGAAUGAGGCCUCAGACGACGGAUCUUAUCUCAGCGACGUCAGUGACAGUAUAUCCGUGGAGCAUCUCAACGAGGCAGAACCCGAGAAGCCCCCUUUAGAAUGUGUGCAGAACGGUUCCGGCGACAUGCGGCGCAGGUCAAACCUUCCCUCCCCAAGCUCCUCCAGCCCCAUCAGCUUGUGGAACAUCUUGAAGAACAACAUCGGCAAGGACCUGUCCAAAGUUGCCAUGCCGGUGGCGCUGAAUGAGCCGCUGAACACGCUGCAGCGGCUGGCGGAGGAGCUGGAGUACAGCGAGCUUCUGGACCGCGCCGCAGCCACCGAGGACCCCUUCAAGCGCAUGGUGUACGUCGCCACGUUUGCGGUUUCUGCGUACGCAUCCAGCUACUACAGAGCCGGCUGGAAGCCUUUCAAUCCACUUCUGGGGGAGACCUACGAGUGCAUCAGACCAGACAAGGGUUUCCGUUUCGUCGCAGAACAGGUCAGCCACCACCCACCAGUAUCAGUGUGCCAUGCAGAAUCAAAGAACUUCAUCUUCUGGGAAGACAUGCGAUGGAGGAACAAGUUCUGGGGAAAGUCGAUGGAAAUCGUCCCAGAGGGCAACACGCACGUGCUGCUCCCACGGUUUGGGGACCACUAUGAAUGGAACAAGGUCACCUCCUGCAUCCACAACAUUAUCAGUGGGCAGAAGUGGAUUGAACAUUACGGGGAGAUCUCUAUCAAGAACAACAAGAGCAGUAGCUACCAGUGCAAGGUCACCUUCCUCAAGGGGAAGUCUUGGAGCUCAAGCAUCAACGAGGUAGAGGGUGUGAUCACUGACCAAGCUGGGAAGGUCGUUCACAAGCUGUUUGGGAAAUGGCAUGAGAGUAUCUACUAUGGAAACCCCCCUUCAGCCACCAUCAUCUGGAAGCCAAAUCCGAUGCCCCCCGAUUACGAGCAGUACUAUGGCUUCACCCAGUUUGCCAUGGAGUUAAACGAGCUGGACCCCACCCUGAAGCCACUGCUGCCCCCAACUGACACACGGUUCCGCCCAGACCAGAGGUUACUGGAGGAGGGGAACGUGACAGCUGCAGAAGAGCAAAAGCAGAGGAUCGAAGAACUCCAGAGGGACAGGAGGAGAGUUCUGGAAGUAAACAAGCUGACACAUCAACCUCGAUUUUUCAAGAAGUCGGGAGAUGAUACUUGGAUGACCAACAACACCUACUGGGACCUGAGAAAGGAUCCAGGAUUGGCCACUCUGGACUGUGCUGUGCUGUGGUAACUCAGGGUAACUGGAGACGGCUUUCUGCUUCCUGCUAUGACUGCGAUGGCGUAGUGCAUUGGGCCGGCCUUUUGAUAGUAAUGCUAUGGUGUGUUGAUUUGUUGACCAUCCCCUUUUCUGCCUCUGGGGGGCACUACAGUGCCUUAAACCUGCUUUCCUCUAUGGAGCUCAAAGCUUAGACAGAAGCCUGGGACUUCGCCAGAGGAACGACAGCAUUUGAUGCUUCACGCUGUGUAAGACUUAUGUUACUUCUGUGUAACACCACACUAGAUUGUGCCAAGGACGAAGUCUGACUUCGAAUGAAUGUGCUGUGUUGUAGAUUGUUGAUGUUCUAUUUGCAUUAAAAACAGAAGUUAACUGGUGUAGAUGCUUCCCAAAAUGAAUUAAUAGCACUCAAGAUAAUGGUUUUUAAAACAAAUAUUAUAUUAUGAAAUUGCAUGUUAAAGAAAAAUAUUAUAGUAAUAGUAAAUUCUGGAAUUCAAAACCAAUUAUGUCCACAUGAUGUAAAAUGCCAAAUUACUCACAUUUUUUUAAAUGACUAAUACGAGACCUUAAUUUGCUUUUUGUAUUAUUUUGAUUGGGUUCCACACUGUCUUUAAUUUAUGAUUCAUAAGUGAAUUCCCCACAAAGACAGAUACCGAAGUGUUUGUGUGUGUUUGAAUUUAUAUGUGAAAAACAAAGAAAAAUGAUGAAUGAUAUAUACAGUAAGUGCUUCACUUUGGUUGUGGGUGAUGUCAAGCUUAUUUUUUUUACUUUUAUUUCUAAUACUGCAUCUUCAUUUGUUUUGUUUCCCAGUGUUUGAUGAUACAAACAUCAUCUAGAAAAUGUAUUAAUAUAGUUUUACUGCAUUAUGCAGCACUUUCUACGCGUCAUUUUAACAGUCUUAUCUAAUUCAGUCUAUUCCUUUUUUAGUUUUGAUUUUUAUUUUCACAAAAAGUGUCAGAUGCAUAUGAAAUGAUCCCUAGCAUAUAGUCAUGGCCCUGUGAAUCUGUAAAACGACAAGAUGGACAGUAAUUCACAUAAACCUACUUGUAGGACAUGAACUGCAAAUUACAGCCUUAGAUCUAGUAUAUGCAAUAGAUUACUUGUGAAAUCUGUAUGCAAGUUGACAUUCUGAAUGUACUGUGACUAUAAACCCUCUGUCAAUUCUGUGUGAGGUUAUAACGCACAGUGUUUGUGACUUUGCGCCCUGUAAAAUGCAUGCCAAAACUUUGCCCAACGGUGCCAAGAGACCCUCUUCACUAUUACUACUGCUCCAUGAAAACUUUAACGUCUUCAUUACUAAAUAUUGCCUUAAUCAAUCGGCCCUUGAGAUUGACAUAGAAAUGCCAACAUUGGGAAAUUUAUGCACUGUCUAUAAGUCUAUAAAACUGCCUUAUUUUACAUUAACUUCACUGGUAAGCCAUGGAAUAUUGUAAUAUAUACUAAUGCCUCGUGUUUAAAUUGAGGUAAUAUAGGUUAAUAAAUAUCUCCUCUAGUCA